AUGAAGGCAAUCAUUCUCGUCGGCGGUUUCGGUACUCGUUUGAGACCUUUGACCUUAUCCAAGCCUAAGCCAUUGGUUGAGUUUGGUAACAGACCAAUGAUCAUGCACCAGAUCGAAGCCUUGGUUGCUGCUGGCGUCACCGACAUCGUCUUGGCUGUCAACUACAGACCAGAAGACAUGGAGAAAGCCUUGAAGAAGACCGCCGAGGAAUACGGUAUUAACAUUGAGUUUUCCCUCGAGGAAGAGCCAAUGGGAACUGCUGGUCCUUUGAAGCUUGCUGAAAAGAUCUUGAAGAAGGAUGACUCUCCAUUCUUUGUCUUGAACUCCGAUGUCAUUUGCGACUACCCAUUCGAGGAAUUGGCCAAGUUCCACAAGGCACACGGCGGUGAGGGUACGAUUAUUGCCACUAAGGUCGAUGAGCCAUCCAAGUAUGGUGUCAUUGUUCACGACAGAGACACUCCCAACUUGAUUGACAGAUUCGUUGAGAAGCCAGUUGAGUUUGUCGGUAACAGAAUCAAUGCUGGUUUGUACAUCUUGAACCCAUCUGUCAUUGACACUAUUGAAAUGAAGCCAACCUCUAUUGAGAAAGAAACUUUCCCUCUUUUGGUUGAGAAGAGAUCCUUGUACUCCUUUGACUUGGAAGGUUUCUGGAUGGACGUUGGUCAGCCAAAGGACUUCUUGUCCGGUACUGUCCUUUACUUGGCUUCUGUUGCCAAGAAGAACCCAGAAGCUUUGUCUAAGGAGAAGUACAUCCUCGGCAACGUCUUGGUUGACAAGACUGCCAAGAUUCACCCAAGUGCCUUGAUUGGUCCAGAUGUUGUCAUUGGUCCAAACGUUGUCAUUGGCGAAGGCGCCAGAAUCCAGAGAUCGGUUUUGUUGGCCAACUCCGAGGUCAAGGACCACGCUUUGGUCAAGUCCACAAUUGUCGGUUGGAACUCUAGAAUCGGAAAGUGGGCCAGAACUGAAGGCUGCACUGUCUUGGGUGACGAUGUGGAAAUCAAGAAUGAAAUCUACGUUAACGGUGCCAAGGUCUUGCCACACAAGAGCAUUUCCAGCAACGUUGAGAAGGAGUCUAUUAUCAUGUAA